GGGAGUGAGGGGAACUUACAAAGAUGUUGCGCGAUUUUUUUGGAAAUUUAUUUAUUUAAAUAAAAAAAAAUGGCCGCCGCAGAGAGCGGAGAGGAGAGACUAGGCGAUGGAAAGGGGGAGGACCAGGGUUCCAAAGAAACCACACAACCCAAGCAAAGCAAAAACGAGCAGGAGCCGGGCGAGGAGGGGAGCCAGGCCCCCGCGGCACAGGGCGAUGACGGACGGCGGGCGGAGGCCGGACAGUCCGAGCCCGGUGCCUCCCUGGCCGCUGCCGAGGCUUCUUCCUCGGCCAAGCAGCGGCGCUCGGUCAUCCGGGACCGCGGGCCGCUGUACGACGAUCCGUCGCUGCCUCAGGGCUGGUCGCGCAAACUCAAGCAGCGCAAGUCGGGCAGGUCCGCCGGCAAAUUCGAUGUCUACCUGAUCAACCCAGAAGGGAAAGCCUUUCGUUCCAAAGUGGAGCUCAUGGCGUACUUCCAGAAGGUGGGCGACACCACCACCGACCCGAAUGACUUUGACUUUACGGUCACGGGGCGCGGCAGCCCGUCGCGCCGGGAGAAGAGACCGCCGAAGAAACCCAAAGUGCCCAAGCCCACCGGCAGAGGGAGGGGCCGUCCCAAGGGCAGCGGCAAAGUACGGCAGGCCACGGAGGGCGUCGCGGUGAAACGCGUUGUAGAAAAGACUCCGGGCAAGCUCCUCGUCAAGAUGCCCUUCGUGGUCCCGAAAACGGAAGCCGGUUUGCCCUCGGUGCAGGUGGCCAAGAUGCGCCCGGGGCGCAAACGGAAAGCGGAGAAGGUGCCGAGGGGGGCGCCGAAAAAGCGCGGCAGGAAGCCGGCGGCCGCCCCUCAGUCUGCACCCGGGGCGUCUGGCUCGGCCGCACCCUACGCCGCGGCGACCGUGGUCUCAUCGGAGGCCAAGAAAAAAGUCCAGAAGGAGUUGGUGACCAAACCCGUGCAGGAAAAAGCGCUUCCCAUUAAGAAGCGCAAGACGCGGGAGACCAUGGAGGAGCCCGAGGGCCCCGUUACCGCCGCGCCCGAGUCGCCGAUCGUCGUACCGAAGCGGCCCGCCUCCCAACCGGCGCCCUCUACAGAAGCGGAGUCGGAAACGGUACACAAACCACACAAGCACUCGAGCCGGAAGCAUCGGGAGACGCCGCCCGACCCCGGGAACGGCAGCGGCGGCGGCAGCCCGAAGGCCCACAAGAAGCGGGAUCAGCGCGAGCAGCAACUGAAGCACCUCCACCACCACCAUCACCACCACCACCAUCACCAACACCACCUGCCUCUGAUUGAGCCGUCCAUCUUCACCCAGCAGGCGCACCAGCUCUCCCUGGGCCACUCCAUGCACGGCGGCCCCCCGCUGGAGAACGAACCGCAGGACCUGAGCACUUCCAGGCCCCGACAGGAGCCGCUGGCCUGCCGGGAGGAGGCCCGGACCGACAGCCACCAGGUCAGGGACACGCCCGGCAAGGCGCCCGGCGCGGCCGAGCUGCGGCCUCAGGCGCCGACCGGGGACGGAAAGGAACUGAGAGACAUCGUUCCGCCUUCCGCCGUCCCCAGGCCGAGCCGCGAGGAAACGGUCGAGUCCAGGACGCCCGUCAGCGAACGCGUGAGCUGAAGGACCUGACCCGCGGACGGACUAAACUGACCGAUCGGGGUCGGCGGCAGUGGCGGCUGUGCUCGUGCGCAGGAAUAGAGGCACUUACACGGGGAGGAGGAGUUUUGUUUGUUUUGUUUAUUCCGUUUUUUUUUUAUUCUAAGGGGGGA